AGGCCGGCACCGCGACCCCACACUGGGCAGGCUGCGUCGGCGAGCAUCGGACGCGCCGAGUUCCGCCGUUCAACAGUGUGCAGAAGUGUUGAACACAUUUUGGAAGAAACGUCCAUUACUUGGCAAGACUCACCUGUUCUUCCAUCAUGUCCUCCAGAAGUACGUGUUGGUUUGCCUGCAUUUUUGUGACGGCAGUUGUAGCUACUGACUACAGCGACACAGACUUCGUUACAGUAUGGGACCCUGAAGUCAAAGCCAUUCAUUCAAGAACUGACAUGUUAGAAUCGUCCAGACUGGUACCAGAUGAGGAGGUUGAGCAGACUGAAGCUGUGGACCUGAGCACGUUGCUGGACGCUGGAGACGGCGCUGUGUUGACACUGGUGGCGGGCGACACACGUCUGGUGGCCCACAGGGCCGUCCUGGCAGCCAGGAGUCCUGUAUUCGCCACCAUGUUCCGCCAUGGAACACUGAAAUCCAGAAAUACUCCAGUCGUUGUCCCAGACAUGGAGGGCCCAGUGCUGCGCCAGCUCCUGACAUACAUGUACACCCUCCGCGCCCCCCAGCUACCUGGCAUGGCUGUCCAAUUGCUGAUCGCCGCUGACAGAUACAGUGUGCUGUCCCUGAAGGCAGCCUGUGAGCAGCAGCUGGUCGCGCAGCUGUCCGUGGAGAAUGUGGUUGCCACAGCGAUGCUCGCAGGCAAGCACUCCCUUACCUGCCUCAGGCAGGCUGCCAUCGCCUUUAUAAGGGCUCACAUUUUCGAGGUGCUGGGCACGAAGGGCUGGACAGACACGAUGCAUACUCAGCCUGAAGAUUUGAUCGAAGUGAUCAGGUUGCUGUCUGGUCCUCCAGCAGAAACCAGUGUACCAGCCACUCAGCCACACGGCGACCAGAGCGACCGCAGCGGGACUCCUGCCGCGGCUGAGCCGCCCACAGCUGUCCGCCCCACUCCCCCACCUGGUGACACCGGCGCCUCCUGCAUGUGGACUCUUUCUCAAGAGGAGAAGGACAGGAGGCUGAUCGAGGCUGCUAAGCAGGGGGCCGUGGAGGAGCUGCAGGCGUUGUUGGCGGCUGGAGCAAACGUGACGGCGAGGUCUGAGUACAGGCAGACCACUGCCCUCCACUGGGCAGCAGAGAGAGGAGACGUCGAGGUGGUCAAGAUGCUGCUGGCCGCUGGGGCAGAGGUGGACGCCAGAUCCACCCAGAAUCAGGACACACCUAUGAUCUGGGCUGUGUGGAAUGGCCACGCAGAUGUGGUGCGGCUGCUGGUGGCGGCCCACGCCGACCUGAGCGCCGCAAAUGAGGGCGGCCUGACUCCGCUGCACUGUGCGGCAAGGCGGGGAUACCCAGAGGUGGCGAAGGUGCUACUUGAGGCUGGGGCUGACCGGUGGGCAACAAGUAAUGACGGACAUACACCAUUGGACGUCGCCAGGCUACACAACUUCCCAGAGCUGAUCCAAAUACUAAGCCCAUCUACUAGUUUAGCACACCUCUCUGCAGUAAAAAGACUGAGACUUUAGCUGUAUGACUGUUUGCUUUUUUAGUAAAUAGAUACAGAAAAUUAACCUUG